AUGAAGCUUAACAGUAAGAAAUGUAAGGAGAUGACAAUAUCCUUCCUCCAAUACCACCUUCCACUUGAUAAUGCGAUCUAUAUAGAUGGUUCGCCAGUGCAAUCAGUAUCCUCCUUUAAACUGCUCGGUGUGCUACUGAGAGAGGAUCUAUCUUGGUGUGAUCAUGUCGACUAUGUGAUUAAAAAAGCAAAUUCCAGACUCUAUGCAUUGCGGAAGUUAAAAAAGGCUGGGUUAAGCGAUAAAGACCUUGUCACUAUAUAUUCCUCCUUCAUUCGGUCCCGAAUUGAGUACGCUUCACCUGCGUGGUCAACGCUAACCCAAGGCCAGUCUGACCUUAUCGAAUCGAUACAGAGAAGAGCAUUAUGUAUCUUGCUUCCCGAAAUGUCGUAUCAAGACGCAUUGAAUUAUACUGGUCUAAAAAAGUUAAGUACGCGUAGACAUAAUUCCUGUGAACAAUUUAUUCGGAAAUUGAAGUUUGACAAUGGUCCUAUAAAUCCUCUUAAGGAUGUUGUUGCAACUCGUACACAUCCAAAUACUCAUAAUUAUAAUCUUAGGUCCGAAUCAAGCUGGUCACUCCAGAUGAACACAGAACGGUUUCAAAAUUUUAUAACUGUCAAAUAUAAUUAUUAAUGUAUUAUUGAUUUAGUAGUACUCGUGUAUAUUAAUUCAGGGACCCAAUUAUAAUUUGUGGACAGAUUUAAACUGACUAUUCAGAACGAACAUUGAACGGUUUGAACUCAAUUUUAUCUGUAAAUUUAAUUUUUAAUGUAUUUACUUAUAAUCAUGUAAUUCAGUAGAGACUGCAAUGUGAUUAAUUAAACAGAUUAUUAUUAUUAUAUUUUCUUCAUUUUACAACAUUUAGCAACCAAUCUUUGCAGUUUUACUCCUUCUAAGACGCUCUUUCUAGCUGUGGUGUUGGAUUUCGUUCUUCUUGCCUUGAUCAAAAUUCAAUCUAUACCUGGAAUCACCCAUUUGUUAAUAUUUAUUUGUUGUACCAAAUAUAAUUUUUUCAGGUGUUAAUUCCGCCUGGAAGUAUCAAGGACAGACUGAGAGAGAAAGUUGACAACCCGUUUAAGGUAAGUUAUACAAUAGUAUACACUUAUUGUAUGCUCUCGAGGGAAAUAGUGAAUUUUGUUUUCCCAAGAAUCUCAUUGUUUCCCAAGACGAAGUCGAGGGAAACAUUGAGAUUCGAGGGAAAACAAAAUUACUAUUUCCCUCGAGAGCAUACAUUAAGUGCUUUAAUUGUUAUAUAGCGACGAACAAAAAUCAACAUUCAACAACAUUUCAUACAACAGGGGCAGGAGAGUUGAGAAAACCCUCAUGCAAACUCUCGCUUCUCAUCUCUCAUUCUCGUUUAACUGGGGCUUUAGAUUCUGGACAAUGUGAACUAUCGUGUAAGAUGGGCGAGACAUCAAGAGCAGGAGAAGCAAAAAGUCGAAGACGAAAAAGAAAAAGAACGAGGUUUGUUAAAGCUCUUAAAUAAUUCUAGUGAGUUUUCAAUACAGUUCGACAAAACUUGUUGGACGAUGCGUUGUUUGUAUUUUUUUAUUAUUGGCGUGUUCAGGAUUUGUUUUAUUGUGGUUGUACCGUUGUAGAUAAAACAACUAUGGGAUGAUGACGUGAUGAUGAGCAGAAUUAUGUUUAAUUUAAAUUUGAGGGUGUAACGUCUGCUGUGGUAUAGUGUAGAUAUAAGACAGCUUGGAUGUUGAUGCUAGUCAACCUAAAACUUUUUUUAUGACUGAAUCUCGGCGCUCACACUAUAACUUAGAAAUAACAAAUUGUAUUUUGUAGUUUCGUUCGCUCAAAUUGACUGGCAUGAUUUCGUCGUCGUUGAAACCGUGGAAUUCAAAGAAACUGAGACGGGUGCGUUUUUUCCUGUGGAGAAUAAAGUUUUAAUCCUUUUAUUAAUCCUUACAAACAGUUCCCAUUGUCAUGUCCAUUGAUAAUUUUAUUUCGACAGGUAAUUUACCUCCACCGGUCACGCUUGAACAGCUUGGCGCAAGGAUUUUAGCCCAAGAAAGAGCAGGCACUGGAAAGGUUAGUACUGUCAGUGUGCCUAAGGAACUUCGAGCAUGUUUCUGGUUAGAGUGGUGAUUAUUAUAGUAGUAAUGUUAAUGAUGAUUUUUAUUUAUUUAUAUAAUUAAUUAAUUAAUUUAUUUAUUCAACUUCGCCAGGUAAAAUUACACAAUAGUUGAUAACAUUGUUCAAACUUCGACAAGAGUUGCAAUUUAAACAUACAGAUCUCCAUGUCCUUGGGUCAUCUGCAUCAAAACAACUGUGCAGGGCUUUUGAAUAAUACUGUCAGUAACAGUGUAUGAAUAGUUAAAGAAUGUUGGGAAUAGUUAAAUGUACUUAAACAUAUGUCAGGGUGAUUGUGUGAUGUAUGAUGAUUGUGUGAUGAUGGUGAUUCAUCAUAUCAGGGAUGGAUCCAGCAUGGUCUGGUAGGGGUGCUCUGGUGCCGACUGCCGAGUUGUGUCGGUCACAUGUGCCGUCCGCCCAUCAACUACUGUAUUUGAAUUGUAAUUGUUGUUCACAGUUCACUUAUCAUCAUGUUAUUACUCAACUUACUGCAUCUCAUUUUGUCUUUUUUGCUUUAUCAUAAAAAUAACACCCCCCCCCUGCACCCCCUCUGGCGAGGGCUAGGGGGUGCACCCCCAGUAAAUCCAUCCCUGCAUCAUAUAGUGCAUGAGAAAUUAGUACGUAUUGCAUAGGGGAGUUUAUCUGUUUAAGACGUUGUCCAGGCUCUGUUCACAUGAGCAAAAUAUGUGAUAACUUGUUAUCUGAACAGGGUUAUGUGGUACUCCUCUGAAUGGUUAUACGCUUAGUUUUUAACCUGCAACCUCCCUGAUAUCAUUGUAGCACAAUGGUAAAGUAUCCAAUUGCGCACGUUGUAUAAAACAAUAUUUUCAACAAAAAUUAUCACGCUGUGUCCAUGUAGGGUGAAGAAGUGGAAGAAGGAGAAAAAGAAAAAGAUGAAGAAUAUGAUAUGAUGGAUAUUGAAAUGGAAGACGAAGAUGAAACACAACCACCUCCACCACCUAAGGUAUGAGCUAUCCAAUAGAAAUAUAGUUAGUUCCUCCUGUAGUAAUAUUGGAUCGAUAAGAGAUGAUCCUUACUGGACCUCUAGAGAAAACAGUUUAGAACUGAUAGAGCUAUCCAGUAUAAAUAAAGUUAGUUUAGUUUAGGUUUCCUCCUGUAGUAACACUGGAGCAAUAAGAUAUGAUCCUAACUGGACCUCUAGGAAGAACAGUUUAGAACUGGUAGAACUAUCCAGUAUAAAUAAAGUUAGUUUAGUUUAGGUUUCCUCCUGUAGUAACACUGGGGCAAUAAGAGAUGAUCCUUACUGGACCUCUAGGAAGAACAGUUUAGAACUGAUAGAGCUAUCCAGUAUAAAUAAAGUUAGUUCAGUUUAGUUAAUUAAUCACCUCAUCCUUAUGAAUAACACACGUCUCGCACUUUUUCAGGACAAUCAAAAGGACAACCGUCCACGUCCGCCAUCGCCCCCACGCCCUCUAGAACCUCCUCCACCCCAACCUCCCCUCCCUCCCAUGGCUCCAGGGACCAACAUCCACAUCCGUAAAGACUACAACCCUAAGCAAGCCAAAGCGCAAGGAGGCGCGAUCCCCCCUGAUAACUACCUUAUCUCUCCUAUUACCGGGGAGAGAGUGCCUCCGCAAGAAUUUGAUGAACAUAUGAAAAUCAGUCUGCUCGAUCCAAAAUGGAAGGAACAAAGAGAUCGUUUUGAGGCCGAGAAAAAACAACAUGAGAGUGUGUUUGCUUCAGGUGAGGAAGAAAGCGAUAAAACUGAUGUCAUCUCGUUCCGAUUUAGAGCUGUGCGCCGGAGCCGGAAUACCGGAGUCGAAGGUCCGGGAUAUUUUGCUGGAGCCGGAGUUGGAAAACUCCGGCAAAAACUCCGGCAGACAAAAUUAUGAAAAAAUAUUUCAUAUUUCAAUGAACUUUUGGUAAUGGAAAAAUUAAGUUGAAUGAUUUGAAGUUACUAUAAAGUUUAAUUCGUGGCUUCGAAAAUUCUGCAAGCGCAUUGCUAUCGCUUUUGAUACAAAAAUCCGGUGACCCCGAUGUAUUUUGGGCGAAAAUACCACGCUGCCAUGCGGUUUUACUUUCUACAAAACGUUUAAACAAGCACCAAAGGACGUAUAUUUGAUAAGUAGAGGAGAAAGCUCGAAAAGGAAUAAAAAAAUUCUGAAAUUACACUGAAAUACUUCGUCUGCUUCUACUUUUAAAUAUGAAAUUUCCUUAAAAUUUCCUUGCCGGACCCGGAGUUUUGACUGCCGGAGCCGGAGCUAAAAUAACAGCUCUAUAUUCUGAUUAUGAUAACCUGUUUAUUAUGUACUGUUUAAUAAACGAGCAGGAGUGUUUUAUUAGGUUUAAAGCGCCCUGGUUUAACGUCAAACACGACUACAAAUUCAAUAGAAAUACUGUCUUAUUAGAAUUCUUUAUAUAAAGAAUACUAAUGAGGACACGACUACAAUAGAUACUGCCUUAUUAGUAUUCUUUAUAUAAAGAAUACUAUAAUUAGGAGUGUUUUUAUCAGGUUUAAAGCCACUGCACGUGACAUAUUAUGGUUGACAUGAUUUGCCAAUAAGCUUAUGAAUUAUUAAUGAUGUUUGAAAUUAUGUUUGUGAUGUUACUCUGAGUGUAUAUCCACACCGGGCGAGCUUUUAGUCAGAAUUUAUUAGAAAAUUAAUGAUUUCCCCAGUGCGACAAUUAUUAAAAUAGUGGGACAAAAAACGAUAUCAGUGACAUAUCGUCACCCUGUUAUCACCCUGACAGAAGCACAAUAUGUGAUAGAUGAAUUAUCGCCCUGUUUGUUGCAGGAACCUCAAUGGAGAGCAAUCUCAAACACAUUGCACAACGACGUACGGAUAUUUUCGGUGCUGGCGACGUGGAAACCUUCAUCGGUCAGAAGAUUGGCGAGGAGGAUGUGAAACAACCCGAGAAGGUCACGUGGGAUGGACACACUGCCUCGAUCAGUGCGACUGCGCAGAAAGCCGCUGCUGGGAUCUCGUUGGAGGAACAGAUUGAACAGAUACACAAACAAAUUGGCAUGGUGUAAGUAAUGGCCCCUGCUUUUAAUUUUCUAAUAUCCUAACGGUCUCCUCAUUGAGAAUAAAUCAAUUUGAAAAUAAAGUUCAAUUUGAAAAUAAAUUUAAAUUUAUAAAUAAGUUUCAGUUUGAAGAUAAAUAUCAAUUUGAAAAUAAAUUUCAAUAUGAAAAUAUAUUUCAAUUUUCAAAUAAAUUUCAAUUUAAAAAUAUAUUUCAAUUUGGAGAUAAGUUUCAAUUUUAAAAUAAAUUUCAAUUUGAAGAUAAAUUUCAAUUUUAAAAUAAAUUUUAUGAGAUUCUAUUCCCUCCUACUGUCGUCAAGUGAAUGUAUUUAUUCUUUCCCCCCGCAGUGCUGACAAAGAGAAAGAAGCAAUUGGUCCGAAGCCAUCAUCAAACAACCCCCCACCCCCUCCUCCUAAUAUUCACCCUCCCCGUCCUCCACCUCCCGGUCAACCUCUAAGCAGACCUCCCCCUCCCCCCGUGUUUCCACCACGGGUACCCAUGCCUCACAAUAUGCCACGUAUACCCCCAGGCGAACCAAGGAAUGCACCCCCACCACCACAAAUGCUCAGGCCACCCGUACCACCCCCGCAAAGAUUUAUGGGUAAGUGAAGGCUCUUUUCUACUCAUCGCAAAACUCUAGGGAGAACAGUUUAGAACUGAUAGAGCUUCUCUUUGUAACACGUCAUCUUUGAGGUCCAGUGAGGGCCAUCCCUUAUUUGUCUAGUAUCACUUUGGGAGUAACUUAUGAAAACUUAGAUAGAUUUUUUAGGGAAAUUUGCAGCCUCUUACAAAUCUGAAUUAUAUUCGAACUACAUGACAAUUAAUCGUAUAAAUUAGAAAAUGUACUAUAUAUACCAAGUUGUAUUCGAAAUAUAAAAUCCACAACUAUUUUACACUAUAAAUAAGAAAUUUAGUAUAUACUCUAAAUAUAUUAAGAAAAGUAUUAAUUAUCCAAAUAUUUGUCAUUAGCAUUUGUUGGUAAAAAUCUCUUCCGAAAUCUGUUUGUUUUACACACCGAGUCUUUAAACAUCCGUUUUAAACUGGUGUUGUUUGGCAGCGUCAAACCACUGGGUGAAACAACUCCCAUAUUAUAACACCUCCAUUCAGAGUAUUGUUUUGAACCAGAUAAACGUGGUGUUUCCCACGAAACAAUUAUAGAUUAUCAUAUAUCCACUUAUGAUGUUCAUUUCUAGGCAUGCCACCUAUGCAGCCCCCGCCAUUCAUCCGCCCUGAUGUGCAGGCUGCUCCACCCGUCAUGGCACCCGACGAGCCCGCGGCUAAGAAAUCUAAAGUGGAUGCAGGCCCUGAAGCCAACCUUAUGCCAGAGAAUAUCUUCUUACUAAAACAUAAAGGUUCUGUGAGAUUCCAAGUGCAAGUUCCUGAUAUUCCUGAUAAGACCGAGUGGAAAUGUCACGGACAGAAGAUCUUCUUGAUUUUGCCUUGGACUGAUCCGGUAAGGCCGCGAGAGUUGGGUUUUUUUAAUUUUUUUUUACCACUAUCAUUUUUACCACAUCACCAUCAUGAUCGUGAUCAUCACACUCACCAUCACAUUCACCAUCACAUUCACCAUCAUUAUCAUCACAUUCACCAUCAUGAUCAUCACAUUCAUCAUUAUGAUCAUCACAUUUACCAUCAUGAUCAUCACAUUCACCAUCAUGAUCACCACAUUCACCAUCGUGAUCAUUAUCAUUAGCAUCAUGCUCAUCGUCACUAUCAUCAUUUACCAUCACUACUAUCACCAUCACACCUUUCUCACCAUCACACCUUUCUCACCACCACAUUAUUGUCACAACAAUCAUUAAAAUCAUCAUUCAUAUUUUCUAUUUCCUGUGUCUUUCAAGGUUUCUGUUAUCAAAGCUAAACUGCACGAAGAGAUUGGAAUGCCGGCAGGAAAACAGAAAUUACAACUUGAAGUAAGUAUAGUUAGUUUCCUCAUUUUGUAUUUUUCAAUAAAAAUGUAGCUCAAGCAAGAAACAUCCCUUGUAAAUAUUUACACAUAAUCUCCCACGAUGAGCUAUGAGCUCUUGGAGAAAAUGUGUCUAAAUAAAUAUGUUUAUAUAAAAAAAAAAUAAAAAAUUCAAGGCCUUGAAGGCAUAGAUAUCUUAUAUAGAACUACAUAGUGCAUCUAAUUAUUCUGCAAUUCAAAAAUUGAAGCCGUGAUUGCAGUCUCAGGUCGUUCCCAUGAAAUGAGAAGAUUCGUAUGUUUUCCAUUUCAUAAACAGGGAACUUAAACAUUAAGGUAAACCUAUUCCAAAUACAUUUUCAAACUAUUCAAAUGAUGAAAGUUAUUGUUUUUAAGCGUUUAUUAGCAAGUGGGAACGACCAACAUGGCCGCCAUCUAUUCAAAUGGGGGUAACCGCUGGAAUAUUCUUGGCUUCAAUUUUACUAAAAGAGAUGCGCUAUCUAAUGUAUAUAAGAUAUCUUUGCUUGAAGGUCCCUGAGUUUAUAAAUUAAUGCUUGAAUUAGGUCCUUAAAUUCUUCAUGUUUUAGUAUGUGGAUGCUUUCUGAAAUUGUUUAACAUUAAAAAACGAACAUAUAUGUUGUCUUGCUAAAUACGUGCAACAGUAUAGUUGACGAAACAAAUUAAUCUGCAGAACGACUGAGCCGUUAGUUCGUAUUCUUGUUGUUGAUAUGUGUAUAUUUCUUUCUUGUAGAGCAUGUUCAUUAAAGAUUCAAACACGUUGGCCUAUUACAACUUCCUGCCAUCCAGUGUGGUUCAGCUACAAGUGAAAGAACGUGGUGGUCGAAAGAAAUAAUCACGGUGUGUUCCCUGUUUCAGAUACUUUACCAGAACAUAAAAGCGAAACUGCAGAAAGGUAUUGUGGAACACUUGAUGUGUUUAAUUUAUCCGAAGUUAACCACAUUUGGAUUAGAAAAUUAUGUCGAAAUGUAUGACCUACUAGAACAUAAAGUACUAGAAAAUACUCUACUAGAACAUAAAGGCGAAACUGCAGAGGAUAUUGUGGAACACUUAGUGUGUUUAAUUUAUCUACAGUAAAAUUAACCACACUUGGAUUAGAAAAUUAUGUCGAAAUGUAUGACCUCUCUGCUGGUGCUGUAGCAUUUAGGAUUGGAAAAAUAAGCCUAUAAACGCAUUUUAUUUGUAUAUAAAUACAUUCCCUUUACACACCAAAUCUUGCUUGCGCAUUCUCAUUUUCUAUUUUGCUGUUGUUCAUUUUGCUUUGUGCAUAUUCCUGUUGUAUUACCGUUGCUGAAGGCUGGUUAACACUAUCAAAGUUUCUGUGAUCACAGCAGGAAUUCAGCCCUUUCCCCUUAUAACUAAAAUUUUGAUCUGGACAAAAAUUUCACCACAGCUUGAAAGAGCAUCACAAAAUUAGUAAUAUUCCGAAGUUUCGUUGCGAAAUGUUGUAAAAUGCGGAUAACAUAGCCUUGCGAAGUUUGCCGUUUUUCAGUCAUUUUGUAUUAUAAACGGGAAAUUGAUGCCCCAACACCCGAUUGGGCUGUCAAUUUCCCAUGCGUAAUACAAAAUGACUGAAAAAUGGCAAACUUCGCAAGGCUAUAUUAUCCGCAUUUUACAACAUUUCGCAACGAAACUUUGGAAUAUUACUAAUUUUGUGAUGCUCUUUCAAGCUGCGAUGAAAUUUUUGUCUAGAUCAAAAUUUUAGUUAUAAGGGGAAAGGUCCAUUCAGCCCUCGAAAACCGAAUGUAUAUACGAAUCAUUGAAAAGUAACACGGCUUUUCCUUUGGAGUCGUACCUAAAUUAUAUAUAAAAUACCCGUCAAUUUUUAAACCUUACACCGAAGUGUGUUUAAUUAAUCGAACUACGAAUCGAAUUCUGUAAUCGCUGACUGUUUAACAGCCAUCAGCACCAAAAAAUGAAAAAGAGAUUCAUACUUUGGCUGAAUUAAGGUCGGCCAAAAUUUGCCGACCCGAGGGUUUGAUAGGUCGGCAUCGCCGACCUCGUUUUCGAGGGCUGCGGAAUUUUGCAUGGGUAAAUUCUACGUUUGGAAUCAUUUGUACAAAAAUUUUGAGUGAGGAAAGUGAUUCAGUAUUCAACAACUAUAAGUCAGUUUCCUCAAACAUUUCUUACCAAUCCUUCAAAUCUUAGAAUUUACUUUGCGCACAAUUUGCUCUCAUUGUGGUUAAUAUCUUGCUGAUGACAAAUUAAAUGUGUAUUACGGACGAGUUUAUCUACAGUUUUAAUAUCAUCACUCUACAUGAAAACAAUUAGUGAAAUAUGUAUUCGGACCAAUUUAAUUUAAAUACUGCCGCUUAGCUAUAAUAACAUCCCUCUAAAAUAUGAAAACAAUUGGAACAUGAGUUUGGACCAAUUAAAUCUAAAUUCUGACUAUAUUUCUAUCUCUACAUAGACUAUACAUACAAACGUUAUUCUACAACCAUACAUAGAUGUCUCUUUUACAGCGCGGUGUCCCUUCUAAGAAGAGCCGUUCUAGGCCUUUUUGAGUUCAAUUUGUUAAUUUUAAUCACAAAAUUACUUUAAAUAUUUCUAUGGCGAUUUCUAUAAAUAAUGUAGCUACACUUUAAAGUUUCAAUUAGAGUUGACGGUUCCAGAAAUUUCAUCUCGGUUCCGUGUUUUUCAAAAGAUCAACAAUGGAUGAUAUAGACUAAAUUUUCAUCCAGACUAAAUUUUGAUCCAGACAAGAAAGACGAAAUCUAUCAUAAAAGAACGUCCUUCAAUUAGUAAAAUUGGCAAAUUUGAUUGCAAAAUGUUGUAAAAAUACGAAAAAUAUAGCCCUGUGAAAUUAAGCAAAUUUUGAGUAUUUUAUUUUAGUAUUAUACCUGUAUAUAUUUUGAGUAUUUUAGUAUAUAUUUUGUCUUUCUUGUCUAGAUAAAAAAUUAGUCGACAGCUAGAAUCAUCCAUUCAAAGCAUUUGCUCAAUAAAUUGUUAUAUAACAUCAAAAGAAAAAACUCAGAUAACAUAACAAGUGAAAUGAAACAAAAACAUCUUCACUGAUUAUGGGAUACACUAGAAGAAUACAUAUGUUCUGAAAAUAAGGAAAUCUUUCAGCAGUUUGUUAUUUUUUCCCCUGUGUUUCUUGAUACAUAUACUGUCAUUCUUUAUACAAUACAUCGUGACUGGCUUGUCAGCGAUAUACAAGGUUUCAUUUCUUGGAUAGAAGCGUACACACUUCAUAUCUUCUCUUCAAAUCAGUCACUCUCUUCGUCCAUACUGUCAGACAAACCAUCAUCAACGGCAUCUAACCUUGGUUCUCGCUCUGCGGUGAUGGUCUCUUCCUCAGUAAACGUUCCUGCCGUGCUAGGUCUGUACUCGUAGUGUGAUACAAAUGCAUACAUAGGUGUAAAUGAAGUAUCACCCAUUACAGCACCCCCGGCUGCAUCAUUCUCGUCCCAAAUGCGUGCGGAUCCAAAUACGCAUUCGGCAUAGGCUGGUGGAGCUAGAAAAUAGACGAGAAUAUAAACAUGUUAGGCUAUUAUCACUUGACUUUUAGGACAAUAGUUACAACAUGGGCUAGUACAUAAACAACUGCACUAUAAUGUACAUUGUAAAUCUCUUACUGACCAACCAACUGACAGAUCAACCGACUGAAUGACGACCGACCAACUGAUUGACCAAUGACUAAAUGACGACCAACCGACCUGACGACCGAUCAACCAACUGAAUGAUGACCAGCCAACUGACUGACCAACCGACCAAAUGAAGACCAAGCAACUGACUGACCAACCGACUGAAUGACGACUAAGCAACUGACUGACCAACCAACCGAAUGACGACCGAGCAACUGAUUGACCAAUGACUGAAUGACGACCGACCAAAUGACAACCGACCAACCAACUGAAUGAUGACCAAGCAACUGACUGACCAACCGACCGAAUGACGACCACCAACUGACUGACCAACCGACCGAAUGAUGACCACCAACUGACUGACCAACCGACUGACCAACCGACCGAAUGACGACCGACCAACUGAUUGACCAAUGACUAAAUGACGACCGACCGACCAAAUGACAACCGACCAACCAACUGAAUGAUGACCAACCAACUGAAUGAUGACCAGUCAACUGACUGACCAACCGACCGAAUGACGACCAAGCAACUGACUGACCAACCGACUGAAUGACGACUGACCAACCGAUUGACCAAUGACUGAAUGAUGACCGACCAAAUGACAACCAACCAACUGAAUGAUAACUGACCAACCGACCGAAUGACGACCAAGCAACUGACUGACCAACCAACCGAAUGACGACCGAGCAACUGAUUGACCAAUGACUGAAUGACGACCGACCAAAUGACGACCGACCAAAUGACAACCGACCAAAUGACAACCGACCAACCAACUGAAUGAUGACCAGCCAACUGACUGACCAACCGACCGAAUGACGACCAAGCAACUGACUGACCAACCGACUGAAUGACGACUGACCAACCGAUUGACCAAUGACUGAAUGACGACCGACCAAUAGUUACAACAUGGGCUAGUACAUAAACUGCACUAUAAUGUACAUUGUAAACCUCUUACUGACCAACCAACUGACAGAUCAACCGACUGAACGAUGACCACCAACUGACUGACCAACCGACUGAAUAACGACCGACCAACUGAUUGACCAAUGACUAAAUGACGACCGACCGACCAAAUGACAACCGACCAACCAACUGAAUGAUGACCAGCCAACUGACUGACCAACCGACCGAAUGACGACCAAGCAACUGACUGACCAACCGACUGAAUGACGACUGACCAACCGAUUGACCAAUGACUGAAUGACGACCGACCAAUAGUUACAACAUGGGCUAGUACAUAAACUGCACUAUAAUGUACAUUGUAAACCUCUUACUGACCAACCAACUGACAGAUCAACCGACUGAACGAUGACCACCAACUGACUGACCAACCGACUGAAUAACGACCGACCAACUGAUUGACCAAUGACUAAAUGAUGACCGACCGACCAAAUGACAACCGACCAACCAAUUGAAUGAUGACCAGCAAACUGACUGACCAACCGACCGAAUGACGACCAAGCAACUGACUGACCAACCGACUGAAUGACGACUGACCAACCGAUUGACCGAUGACUGAAUGACGACCGACCAAAUGACAACCAACCAACUGAAUGAUAACCAACCAACUGACUGACCAACCGACCGAAUGACGACCAAGCAACUGACUGACCAACCAACCGAAUGACGACCGAGCAACUGAUUGACCAAUGACUGAAUGACGACCGACCAAAUGACGACCGACCAAAUGACAACCGACCAACCAACUGAAUGAUGACCAACCAACUGAUCAACCGACCGAAUGACGACCAAGCAACUGACUGACCAACCGACUCAAUGACGACCAAGCAACUGACUGACCAACCGACUGAAUGACGACCGACCAACUGACUGAAUGACGACCGACCAACCGACUGAAUGACCGACUAACAAUUAUGUACACUUACGCCCAAGUUGUGCUGUUGCCAUGGAUUCAGAAUAACUUGGUAGGUUUACUUCAUAGGGUGGUGCAAGAUCAGCUGGGGGCGCAGAAGGUAAUGGGUAGACUGGUGACAUCAUAGGUGGGGCACUCGCAAGAAUUGGUGGCCUAAAGGGAACUGUCCCGAUCGUAAUUGGUAGGUUAAGGACCAGGGAGCCACGACUUGACUGUAUACUUACCUAAAAUUUUAAAAAGAAGUUUGUUUGGUGCUACUCACUGGUGUCCAGUGUAGGUAGACCAAUUUGUCAUGGUAAUAUUACUUCUACAGUAGGUUAGAAACUAGUGCAUGUACUAACCUCAAGUAAAUAUGAAACUUUGAUAAAUUUCGAAUUAUUUAUCGUGGGUGGGAUUGCCGGAAUACUGAACAUUUGGUUCUCCCAUUGUAUUGGUCGGUGAGGUUGGAGACGCUUGUCUUUGCUCACUUUCACACAUUUGUUUAUUUCAUUCUUUUUACUUCCUGAA